GGCAUUCUCGUCCCUGGCCGAGUCGGCCUAUGAACUGGCCUGCACUGACGAGGACACAGAGCCAGCCACCUACUCCCUCUCUGGUGCCUUUGAAUUUCUAGUCACCAAAGUCAUGCAGACAGCUGAUAGGUAAAAAUGGGUAUAUGCACGUUUGGGUGAUGGGAGGAGUUUGGGAGUGUUGCGAAAAAGGCCAUCCUCACUUAUUGUAACCCUGCAUCAGAAUGCCCAUUCUUCCUUCACAAUUUUGCCAAGCGCUUGUCAUCACAUGCAUGCUUACUUUCGUUGCAUGCGUAUGACUGCAGCGGUGUAUCUACUAGCCUAUGUUGUCAACAUCUCUGAAACUGUGUAUGAGCUCACAACUUUAACACUCUUCCUUAGCUUGUGGUUGCUGGUCUUAUUUAAAUCACUUGUAAGCUGUAAUCUGAUUGGACUGCGAUGGAUUCUGGCAGGAAAAAUGAAAAUCAUUACCUAUGUGAUCAUGUGUAUUCCCUCCUGAAAGAAUCUUUGUGUGUGUGUGUUGUAUUGUGUCUGACUGGUAGACCUGAUGCCAGCCAGAAUAACCUGCGGACAUCGGCCUACGAGGCUCUCAUGGACCUCAUCAAGUACAGUGCCAAGGACUGCUAUGUGGUGAUCCAGAAGACGACGCAGGUCAUGAUGGACAGACUGAGACAGAUCCUUACUGUUGAUGCUGGAGGCCAAUUGAGUGGGGCAGACAAGCAGCAACUGGCGGACCUCGAGUCCCUCAUCUGUGCCACGCUGCAGAGCCUGGUGAGGAAAGUCAGCCGCGAAGACGCUCUCACCAUCUCCUCGUCCGUCAUGGAGGCCCUGCUCCUCAUGUUCCAGACCAGUGCAGCCGGGUCCAGCUCUGGGGUCCUGGAGGACGCACUCAUGACUGUCGGGGUACUGGUGGAAGUACUGGGUGAGGAUUUCCAGCACUACAUGGAGGUGUUCUUCCCUUUCCUCAAACUGGCUCUCCAGAACUAUGCUGCCUAUCAGGUUUGCCAGGCAGCAGUUGGGCUGGUGGGUGAUCUGUGCCGUACCCUCACGGCCAAGAUGUUGCCUUACUGCAACAGCAUUAUGGAGAUCAUGGUCGACAAUCUCUCGAAUGCGGCCGUCCAUCGCAGCAUAAAGCCACAGAUCCUCAGUACCAUAGGCGACGUGGCGCUAUCCAUUGGCAGUGGUUUCAAGGUCUACCUGACCAUUGUCUUCCAGAUACUCAAGGAGGCUGCUCAGCUUAAUGUGACCAUCAACAAGAAUGACUUUGAGAUGGUGGACUACAUCAAUGAGUUGAGGGAAGGCUGUCUGGAGGCCUAUACUGGCAUAGUGCAGGGUCUCAAGGGAGAGGAAGGCAGUACCAGUGGGCACCUACAGCUGAUGACGCCCGAGGUACCGUUCCUCUUCCAGUUUAUUGAGCACGUGGCUAAAGAUGAGGACAGAUCUGAUGGUGUCACUGCAUGCUGUGCUGGGCUGCUUGGUGACCUGUGCUCUGCCUAUGGGAAGGCCCUGCUGAGUGAGCUGCAGAAGAGCCCCAGUCUGAACAUCAUGAAGCUGCUGCAGGAGGGCAAGUCCUCUCGCACCAAACGCACAAAGACCCUCUGUUCCUGGGCCCUGAAGGAGAUGAAGGCUCUACAAAAGUGAAAUCUUGAACUCUCUACAUUAUGUGAACGGGAGUGCGAGCGAGCGAGCGUGUGAGAGCGAGCGAGCGAGAGAGAACGAGAGAGAGUGAGAGAGCUGUCGCCACGGUCACACAAUGCCUAGUGCCAAUUCACAUGUAUUUUCGUGUGUGUGUUUGUUAUGUGUAAUGUGUGUCAGAUGACUGUCGCUGAUGUACUGCUCUGUCUGUUAUUUUGUUCUUAGCUCUGUUUAUUUUUGUUUUAUGUUGUAUCAUAACAGACUUGUAUGUUUGUGUUACCAUUAAUAUUAUUUCAAAAUGUGAG